UGGACACUCUUAUGUAUAUACAAGGGAGGAGAUCGUGAGGAUCCUGCGAACUACCAGUCGAUCUCUCCGACAACGAUAAUUUGUAAAAUCAUGGAAAUAAGUUUCAAGGGAGCCCUAGAUCUUCACCUAGGGAAUCUGCAUUUUAUCUCAUGCGCUCAACAUGGUUUUCGGAAG